AUGAUCAGGGUGCUGCCGACGUGGGCGGCCAAGGCGUGGAACCCGCUAGGUACGGGCCCUUCGCAGACGCUGUGGAGGUUUCUGCUCUUGAAGGUGCUCAUGCUACUCUCCCACCACUCUCUCCUGCGCGGUCAAAGCAUCCGCGAGAUCACGCUCCCCGACAUAUUCUUGUACCGACUGGCGAGCACCUCGUCGGUGAACCCGGAGAACCAGCCGAUCGGCCAGUUUCACGGCGUCCGCCUCAUUCCGCCGGUGGACACCAGCACACGCGCGAGCUGGUACAAGAAUCACCUCUUCUUCGCCAAAAACGACACCGACCAAGGGGAGCUCUCCGUGGCAAGCCACCAACACUGGGCGCGGCAGUUGUGGGACAAGAACGGGGUGUUCUGCAAGAGGAACGUGCACGCCGCUCGAGCGAGAGGGGCCCAGGAGCUGGCCAUCGACGGCACGCCGCGCGCCGAGAUCGCGGAGCUGGGUCACUGGGCGCUCGACAAGAUGACGCGAGCGUACAUCACCACCAUUCCGGUGGGGGUGGUGAUGAAGAAGACCGGUUACUCUGGUUACAAGCAGGACUACUUCUUGGGUCGGAGCAGGGUAGAGCCCUCCGAGAAGCUCCUGAAGCUCCUCGCCGAGCACAUCUUCCCCGGCGUCGACGACAUGCUGAAGACGGCGGAAGGGAAGGCUGCCAAUGGGUCCGACGCCGACAAAGCCGCGGUGCACUUCUGGCGCACACUCCAGAUGCUGCGCCGCAUCGUCGCCGAGGACCUAGCGGUGAAGCUGGUCCGCACACCAUGGCACCCGUACGUCCAAGGCUCCAUGCUCUGCCGGAUCCCCCUCUUCCAGCACUGGGCGAAAUGGGUCGAGAGGGUCGACACCGAGACGAUCAACAAGCGUCGGGACCCAACCCAAAUUCAGGCAGAGAGCGCUCGGCUGGCGACAUUGCUCAAUGCGGAGCAGGCUCGGCUGGACAGGUUUUUUGUUGGGUUUAGUGGACUCGUCGACCACGUGAAAGGGUUGGCCGAGCAGGUCGACGACACCGAGAAGUAUGCGGCGGAACAGCUGCGAAACGCGACGGCGGCCAUGUCGGAGACCAUCACGGGCAACAUCACCGGCAGCUUCGACGAAGCGUGGAAGGCGAUGAAGACCUUCGCGGAACAGGCGUCGGCGUGGUUGGAGGACUUCGACAACCCGGAGGGUCGUGUGGCAUAUGCACGCGCGAGAGCGAUCUACGCCAUGGCCGAACACGUAACUGGGGAGGUGGGCGAAGCGAAGCGGGGAUUGGAGCUGUACAUCACGACGCAACUAUCCGCCGCGUAG